CGCGAUCCAAGCGGUCUGUGACGUCCGCAGAAAACGGUCGAGCCAAUCCGAGAGCUUCGUGUGUCCAGUCGACUCGAUCCAAAUACAUUUAUUUAUGUUACAAGUGCGAGAGUAAACAACCGGGUCGGUUUUGUUAUCAUCGUUUACCGCAAAUAAAAUAGUUCAGUAGAGGAUAUACGAUAUCCAGUGUUUAUCAAAUGGGCGCGUAUCAAUAAAACAAAAAAAUGAGUAACAUAAAAGCGAUUUUUUCUUUCCUACUUUUAACUCAACCAGCGCUUUUAAUAUUACCAACGAGUGCUCUAGAUGAGAACAAACUGACAGAAUACAGUGUCGUCGAUCAAUUGAGAUACGAUUUCCUUGUGCUGGAAAAUGAACUGUGGAAUUAUGUACUGGAUGUUGCCGACAAUGGUGUCAAAGAAGAAAGCAAGCCAGAAAUGGAGGUUAUCAGAAAAUUUGGAGAUUUUGGGAGUAAAAUUAACAAGCUGAGCCCGAGGGGCUACGAGACCGCCCUGGCCCCCCUGGAAAACGUGUGGGCGUUCGCGGUGGUGAAAGCCGAUCUGGUAUCGGUCGAAGCCAUGUACGCCACCUUCCGGCGCUUCCAGGACCUGCAACUGGCCCCCGGUAAAGUACCGUCGCCGCGCGCCGCCUGGCGGCAAAUGGCCGAAGCAAUACUCACCGAACCCCACAACAGGGUCGACGAAUCGCUGGUCCGAAUCGAGGGCAUUGUCGCCAAUGGAGUUUACAGAACAGUGGCUCAAGAAUUGGAUACUUUAAAAUGUGACACAAAUCAGUCAGCUCAACAGGUGCUCUAUAAUUUGUACAAUUCCAUUGCUCUUACAGAGUUAAAAGGUUAUACAAUGAUACAAUUCUCCUAUAUGUUAUUAAAGCUUUACAAUGAAGGCAAUUUCACUAAAGAGGCACAGCAGCAGCAAGAACGUUUCGAAUCUAGAAGCAAUGCUGCUAUUAGAGCGAUCAAAGCGGCCAUGGAAGGUCUUUCCAGAGACUUAUACAGAUGCGAUCCCAGAAAACACGUAAAAGGCAAAACCUACGAAGAAGUGACCCAACUUCUGCAGGGCUACGUUCAAAACGAGGUCGACAUGAACAACGAAGGGACUUGCAGGGAAAAUUGCGCGGAAUACAAGUACACGAAAAGUUAUGGCUGCUACAAAAAUCUGUAUUGCAGACAGCAAAGAAAUUGCGCUGGGAAAAUUCUCAACUGCAAGUAUUAUGACUCUGAUAUGUGGAUAUGUCCUGCAUCUCCUUUGAGCGGCCGCCGAUACGAAUACAUUAAAUACGAAAGUGGCGAGGUCCUAGGCCGGGAAACCGCCUGUUUCAGGGGGCAAACGAAAGUGGACAGCUGGUGGCGUUGGCUUUUCUGGCACUGCUCAUACUGCAUGUGCCUUUGCGACGAAGCCGGGCCUAAUUCAGACAGAUUCUUCAAUUUGAGACCUGUCGAGUCCAAUAUGACACAUAAUAUGGUCGUCACAGGGCUAAGAUUCGUGAAAGUGAACCGCGUGUUUCAUUUGCAAGUACAGGAAGGCCUCCUGGAACCGUUCGGUAAAAUCGACGAAACUACUUUAAGAUGGGUGCCGGUAGAUGGCUACAAAAUCACUGAUAGAAACGUCCAUAAUGGGCAGGAUUACCAUCAACUUUCGUGGGAACAACGCGCUUUGGAUUUAGACGAUCUACAGGGCGAUCAGGGGCAGCUGGUUACAGGAGUGAAAUUCAAGAAAAUCGGUUCCCAUUUAAACUUUGAAAUUCGACUGACGCCUUUCGAUUUCAAAAAUGGCACUCUCGUCGACCCAGUAAAUAAAAGCAUAUGGAAAGACAACCCCAAUACGGAUUCUUCGCUGAAAAAUCCACGUUUGCAUGGGCCCAUUAAGCCUGUCCAUUUAACUCGUCUUAACCUCUACCAACCGGAUAUCCCCACUCGCACAACCUCCCCGUCGGUACCGGACUCCUCGACGGACCAAUACGUCGAAUUCGUUAACAGCGACUUUAAAAAAGACGCCGCUCAAACCACCGUACCCUUCAUCGACAUCCAACCGGUGCAAUCCUUGAUAGCCGCCCCUCUGAGCGGCGCGGGCAUUUUCCACAAGGGGCAGCCCCACUUCGGCGGCUUCGUGGCCCCCAAAUUGAUCACGUACGAUUUCAGGGAGCACCUCAAGGCCAUCUUCCCCGAGGAGGGGGACGUGGAGGGGGUGGGCAGCGUCGAGAUGAACUGAGUCGGUACAUGCAGCAAAUUAUAAUAAUUGCUUUAUUUAGUUAACCAAAUAAAUAUAAAUGUACUGUGAUUUACUUAUAAUAUAAUAUAAAGAGCCAUAAUUUGAUUAAGGCUGUUUACAUGGAACAAAGCAAAAUGUUGUGUUUAAACAUUUUUAUUAUUAUAACAUUUUAUUAAUUUUUAAUAGAAUCCAAUGAUUCGGCUUUUAAGAACAGCCUUUUAAGUUAAUGUAUAUAGAUAUGUACUUUUUUAUUUAUUCCAAAUUUAAACGGAUUUAUAAGGAAUAUGUGUUUUUAAAUUUUUAUAAAUUUACCUUUUUUAUUUGCCUAUUAAUAAAGG